ACUUUGGGCUGUACUGUUUUAGAAUUGGGAAUCAGGUUGGCCGAAUGCGUUUUGAAGACGUUGCACAUUGCAGCAUAACGUAGGCUGUGUUCGUAGAAACGCGCUAUUCCCCUUCACAUUCGCAGAAAACACUGCAAGAUUUGAGCUUCUUCCGUAUACUGAUUUGAUUUCUGUGGGGGAGCAACUAGGGUUAGGGUUUCGGUGUUUUUCUGAAGACUAACAUCGAAAAUGUUCAACGGUGAUCCUUCACCUCCACUCUCAACAGAGAUGAUCCAAAAGUACUUGGAGGAGAAUAAGGAGCUGAUAAUGGCAACAAUGGAUGGUCAAAAUCAGGGGAAGUUUGCUGAAGCUUCCCAAUGUCUAGCGAAGCUUCAGCACAACUUGACAUAUCUAGCCAAACUUGCAGAUGCUGCACCUCAGCCUCAACCUCUGCCACAGUCGCAGUCACAAUUACAGCCGCAACCCCAGAUGCACCCUCAGGAGCAAGGGCAAGGGCAAGGCAUGCAGCAUCCUCAUGUAGCAACGUCUCAGCAGCAAGAUCUUUCUACAUUAAACUUGCGUUUUGAUAUGAAUGACAAUCAUCUUCAGCAGCAGCAACAUCAUAUGGCAAUGUCUCAACAACAACAGCAGAACGACCUUUCAACAUCAAAGUUGGCUUUUCAGAUGAGCGAGCAGCAGCAACACAAGAUCCCAGCAUUCUUCCAGCAACAGCAACAGCAACAACUCAUGUUUGGAGGAAGCAGCAACAGUGGGUAUUAUCAGGCCCAAACCAGACUGAAUAACCUCUCAGAUAUGCCGGAAACCAACCAUAUUGCCUCAUCAGAUCUUAGUCCUGUUUGGUCACUAGCCAAGUCACCAUCUGGAAAUACUAGAUCAUAAAAAUGUAUCAUAUUUUACUCUUGAACACCAACCUAGAAUAGUUUUUUGUUCUUUCCUUUUUUUGGUGGGGUACAUCUAACUGAGUAGAUGUGAAAAACAUGGAAGCAGUGUGGAAUACAAUAUGCUUUUUUGUAAGUGUUUUUCUUUAGUGAGUAUUGCAUAUUAAACACGAAUAUCCCCAGUCCAAAAACAGAAGAGACACUAAUAUCCAUAAUUUUAUUUUAAAUUUCAAUAUACUCA